AUGCAUGGUAUUUUUACGGACUACUCCAGAUGGCUCGGCUUCGAUUCGACUCGUGGCCUGUCCUUUUAUGACCGCGAAGGACAGGUGUCUGGAAAUGCCAAAGUAGCCGACCUGAAUGGUUGGCUUGUAGAAGCCUUCACGCCCAGGGACCGCGAGUUCCACAAGGCGCAGCAGCAAGCUGCCCUGAAGAUCCCAAGCCUGCGAGAAGCUACUGCGGCCUUUGCAAAGCAUGCCGAGACAGAUGGGCGGCUCACAGAAGCAGGAUUCCGGAAGAUCCUGGAAGGCACUGAAGCAGCUUCCGAGUGGCUCAGCCUGGUCGAGACUGGCAGGAACAGCAUCACCGAGUUGCAGUUUUUGUCCUUGGUGCUGGUUCAUCUGCAGUGCUCCACGAUAGCCCUCUUGUUCCCAGACGAGGAGAAUUGCAAAAAUCAACAGGACUCCGUCGUGGCAUCCAAAGAGCUGCCAGCAUUCACAAGCGUGCAGUGCUUGGGCCCGGCCGGGGACUCUGGAAGGCGCCAAGUUCGUCUUGGAGACGAUGUGGGCUACAUCGACGCUGGUUCCCAGACAUGGAAGGCGGCGUGGCCACAAUGCGUGCAGCAAAACACCCUCGUGGACGAGGAUGUGCUCAAGGUCAGCAUGUUGUCGGCUCGGGAGCUUAGUAAAGCCAUUGCAGAGGAAGAGGCUGCUCUGCCUGAUGAGCCAAGCGAGGCUGAAGGCGAGGCUGAGGACGAGGCAGAAGCUUUGCCAGUGCCAGAGAUGCCUGCCGCAGUGGACCCACGUGGCAGGCCUGCAAGGGCCGGCGUUUUGAGGGAGAUUGCUCGCUUGCAGAGAGAUAGGACUGCACUGAUGAUUCCGCGGACUGCUUUCUCCAGGCUUUGCAACGACAUCGCCAAAGAACAGAAGCGAGCGCUAGCAACUGGACCUGAUGAGGACACUGAGGCUCCAGUGGCUCCAGUCAGGUUUGCAUCCCAGGCACUCGAGACGCUUCAGUAUGCAGCAGAGUGGUACAUCAGCGACCGUUUCAGCGACCUCAACACUCUCGCAAGCCACAGAAGCAGGGUCACGGUGGAUAUCGCAGACACGCGGCUGGAAUUUGGCGAGGCUGUGGCCCCAUUCCCUUUGCCCAAAUACUUGCACCCGGGCCCGCCGCUGGCUAGUGGCAACUAG